AUUCCUGGAAAGCAAGCAAGCCUACGCUUUGAUACUGAAUCUUGUCUUCUUUAGUGUGAUACGUUUUCCAAGAAUCAUAAUUGAUGAUUGCCAGAGUUGAUUAUUAAUGCGUUUCUAAAAUUGUGUUACGAAACACAGCUAUCAGAUUCGCACUCAUUGAUAACUUUCAUUCUUUGUUCCAUUUGAGCCAUUUUUUCCCACGUUAUUAGCCUAGCUACCUGCCAGAAAGUAUCCUACCCUUUCCCUUCUUUUUUACUUUUUCCUUCCAUUCUUGUUCAGCCUCUCUAUCAAUCAUUUGAUCAACCAAUUCAUUUUCAGGAAUUUUUAUCUUUUCAUUUAAUAUAUUAUACAGCUGCAGUUGACAAUUCACAACUCUUUCUUUGAAGCGAAAAAAUCAACUUCAGUGUAUGUAAGGAGUCAAAACUUAUGUCAGAUUACGUUAUUGAUCUUGGAUGGAUGAUAUUAUAGGGACUAGCCAUGGCUAUUGCUCCUGAAACUGAGACGCCAGCAAGGCUUGAGGGAAUGUUUAAAGCAACGGUAGUUUGUUGGAUACUCGGGUUUGGGUCUCUUCUAGCAUGGAGCAGUAUGUUGACAAUAGGGGAUUACUAUGGUAAAUUGUUUGAGAAAUACCACCCGUCCAGAGCACUUACCCUCGUCUAUCAACCAUUUGCGUUUGGUACAAUUGCAAUCCUAGCAUACAAUGAAUCCAAGAUUGAUACUAGACUGAGAAACUUGGCUGGUUACACUAUUUUCUUUGCAAGUACCUUUGCACUCCUUCUUUUGGAUUUAGCCACAUCAGGGAAAGGAGGAAUUGGACCUUUCCUUGGCAUAUGUGCAAUUGUUGCUUGUUUUGGAGUUGCAGAUGCCCAUGUUCAAGGUGGAAUGGUCGGUGACUUAUCAUUCAUGUGUCCUGAAUUCAUCCAGUCUUUUUUUGCCGGCUUGGCCGCUUCAGGAACUUUAACCUCUGCUUUGAGGCUAAUAACAGUAGCAGCCUUUGAAAAAUACAAAAAUGGUCUUCGACAUGGAGUUAUGCUAUUUCUAGCAAUAUGCACAUUCUUUGAGUUUAUAUGCAUUUUGCUCUACGCAUUUCUCUUCCCUAAGCUGCCAAUAGUGAAGUACUAUCGCUCCAAGGCUGCCUCACAAGGAUCUAAAACAGUUGCAGCUGACCUUGCAGCGGCUGGAGUCCAAACAAAAGCUGAUGAUGAAACUAUGCAACAGGGUCGAUUGACCAAUAAGCAACUACUCUUCCAGAAUAUAGACUAUACACUCGACCUGUUUCUGAUAUAUGUGUUGACAUUGUCCAUUUUUCCAGGUUUCAUAUAUGAAAAUACUGGACAUCACCAGUUAGGCGACACUUGGUAUCCACUUGUCCUAAUUACAUCAUACAAUGUGUGGGAUCUAAUAUCAAGAUACAUCCCCCUUGUGAAAUGGCUGAAGUUGGAAUCCAGAAAGGGUCUUAUGAUUGCAAUUCUUGCUCGAUUUUUACUUGUUCCGGCAUUCUACUUCACUGCAAAAUAUGCAGACCAGGGAUGGAUGAUUGCACUCACUUCCUUCUUAGGACUCACUAAUGGUUAUCUAACUGUGUGUGUCAUGACAGUGGCACCCAAAGGAUACAAGGGGCCUGAGCAAAAUGCCUUGGGAAAUAUCCUUGUUUUAUUUCUAUUAGGUGGCAUUUUUGCCGGGGUUGCUCUGGACUGGCUGUGGCUCAUUGGUAAAGAUAGUUUUUAAUAAGCCAAGUCCAUCUUGUUACACUCAAGAAAUUGAUACAAGUUACAGAUGGAGGGGACAUGAAAUUAUAGUUAAGUAUUUGUCUCGGUAAAUUAUUUAGAAGGGAAUAAGGCUGCCUUAAAUGCGGUCAACAAAAAGUUGCUAUCGUACAUGUCUAUUGCCAAAUAAAAUAUUGUAAAUGACUCUUACCGAUCAUAUAUUCCUAGCAACCAGUUACUCUCUGAAUGUAAUUUAGAUCUCUACAAAGCUGUUGUUCUGCUUUCUUCUUUGUUUUGUUUCAAUUGUUUUAUUCUUAAAAACAUUGGUUUUAGUUCAUCCUUUGACAAUAUGUUUUCAUUUUUCCCUUCAA